AUGCACACAUUUUCAACAUUACCCGUCGAACUAGUUUAUCGAAUUAUGGAUCAUCAAAAUGAGCGGACGCUAUUUUGUUCAAUGCAAAAUAUUAGUCGACGGCUCAAUCAGAUCCUGAGUACUUACCAGCGAUAUCAAACACUCACCACACUUGACUUCAGUAGGAACGGAAUCCGUGCUCAAGGAGCACAACACAUUGCUAAUGCGCUCCGAACGAAUACGACACUCACCACACUUCACCUAGAUGAGAACGAAAUCGGUGCUCAAGGAGCACAACGCAUUGCGGAUGCGUUGCGAACGAAUACGACCCUCACUAACCUUAACCUCAGUGGGAACCGAAUCGGUGCCGGAGGAACACAACACAUUGCGGAUGCGCUCCGAACGAAUACGACACUCACCACACUUCACCUAGAUGAGAACGAAAUCGGUGCUCAAGGAGCACAACGCAUUGCGGAUGCGUUGCGAACGAAUACGGUAAUAUUGAUCUCAUUUCAUUAG